GUUCCAAGUGUCAUCCCUAGGUCUGUACGAGCAUAUUUUUUUGCCAAAUUACUGCACAGCUGCACUGCCAAAGACCAAAGAGCAUGACUGAUCCUAGCAAACUUUCCGUGGCCGUGGUGUGUUCCUCGAACAUGAACCGUUCCAUGGAGGCGCACAAUUUCCUGGCUAAGAAGGGCUUUAAUGUGCGCUCCUAUGGCACUGGCGAACGCGUCAAACUGCCCGGCAUCGCGUUUGACAAACCAAAUGUUUACGAAUUUGGAACAAGCUACGAGGACAUCUACCGCGACCUGGAGACCAAGGACAAGGAGUUCUACACACAGAACGGCCUGCUGCACAUGCUGGACCGCAACCGGCGGAUUAAAAAGUGUCCGGAACGAUUCCAGGAAACGAAGGAGCAGUUCGAUAUAAUCGUUACUGUCGAGGAGCGUGUCUACGACUUGGUGGUGCUGCACAUGGAAUCGAUGGACUCUGUCGACAACCGGCCUGUACACGUCCUCAACGUUGAUGUGGUUGACAACGCCGAAGAUGCGCUAAUGGGUGCCUUCCUCAUUACAGACAUGAUAAAUUUGAUGGCCAAGUCCAUGGAUCUUGAUAACGAUAUUGACGAAAUGAUACAGGAGUUCGAAGAGCGGCGAAAUCGAGUGAUCCUGCACUCUGUUCUCUUUUACUGACGACCGUCGCGAGGCAUACGAACGUGUCCUGUUCCUGUUUUUUUCCCAGCUACCAGCUCCCUUCUCGGAGGUCGUAGACCCAGGGGGCAAGGGAAUAUCAACAAACGGGAUCGGGAUCGUGAUUGGGGAGGGGGGUUAUUGUGGCGUCACUCAAGUGGCAGCCAUAUAGGUUGUAAAUAGGGAGGCCAUACCACACACUGACCAGAUCUACACCAGCGAGCAUGCAGCGGCAAUUGUGGCGUUCGUUACAGCUGUGCGAUGGGGUUAUCGGCUCAAAUACUCUCUCAAACAGUAGCAUAUGUACGUGUGUGCGUUCGUUUUCCUUGUUAGUACAAGAAAUCUGUUUUGUUUUUUGUUCCCGGUUGAUUUUUAGCUUUUAUCAUUAAUUCCGAUAUCAAUUUUUAAAAUUUUCUUCGACUGGCAACACUGGCCGGUUACCCAUUCUCUUCUCUCCAAUUCCCCAAAAACCCCCCACCAUCCACCUACGUACUCCACCUUUAACCGAUUCGCGUAAACAGAGAACAGCCAGCAAAGCAAUCGCAUGCGGUGCUCCACACUUGGCAGUGUGUGCGUGUGUUUGUGUCUGUGUCUGUGUGUAUGUGUAAGUGCGUAUUCGGAUGAGUGCAUGGCAGAGAACCGGCUAAGUCAGGGACGGAGUGGGCGGAUCAACGGGAUAGGAGUACCUUUUUAAAAUUUUUCUUUUUUUUUUAAACUAAACGACUUAUUGGGACGGGGGAUACCGGUCUGCAACCCAUAAUUAAUAAAUUAGAAUAACACAAUACCACUGAGGGCUGUACGUCUCACAGUUACAAACCAUAGAAGGAGGCCGCAGUGGGUGCUACCAGGCAGAACAAUACUAAAUAAUUCAAUUAUUAAGAAAGCUAUAUGUGUAAUAAAUGAAACUAAUUUAUA